GGCGCGUAGGGCUGGGCUCGCCGCCAUGCCCAAGUACUACGAGGACAAGGAGGAGGACGAGCGCGCCUGCAGCGGCGUGCGGGAGGACCUGCGGCAGUGCCUGCUGGAGAGCCCCUGCGUGCUGCAGGAAAACAAAAGCCCUAAACAAUGCUUGAGGGAAGGACACUGUAGGAGUUUGCAAGUGACAUUCUUUGCAUGCAAAAGAUCAAUGUUGGAUACCAGGGCAAGAUUCAGAGGAAGGAAGGGAUACUGAAGUCUUCAUCAAGAGACCUAGCCAUGGGAAUUCAGGGUUCAUCAGCACUUUACAAAAAACAGAGACUAAAGUAAGAAGAUUGUACCUGCUAUAUCCUUUCAUGCAGUGUUUUCAUGGAAGGUACCUGCUCCUGAGUAUUCUGAUAGAUUGACCUGGAUGUGCAUUUAAAUGUUAAAAAGAAGAUAAGCCUAAAGCUGCAAGUUCUGGCCAAAAUGGGUACUUGUCAUGUACUUGAAAUAAAAUAUGUGAAAUCCAGAAUAAGCUGCAGAAUUUAUCAUUCUGUUUUGAAGUGAAGUUGUCUUCUGUGACCUUACUGUGAAUUCCGGUCAUGUUUUGCUAUUACAAUAAUAGAAGGUAUGGAACUGGGAGUUCACUUGAUGUGUUGAGGAAGAGUUUUCUUAGCAGACUGGUAUCCCAGAGGAUACCUCAGGAUAGAACUGUUUUCAGAGAUGAGGAGUUGACCAAGGUUGUAAAAUGUGUGUGCAAGUUGCUUCCUCUCCAGUAGGUUUGCUGCCCAGUAAAUCUGCACUAAUAGAUGGGAGUGGUGAUGUUUUUCAUUCUCACACUGGUAAGGAAGUAGGAUUUGUGGGGGUAACAGUGCUUAAACUGUGACAGUGGUCAAUAUUAACCGGUUCUGAUUAAGAACUUUUUUCCCAAAGGAAUAUUUUUUUUCUUCUUUCAGUAUCUCUGUGUCAUUCCCUGCCUUUUAGAAGCCUUUAAGAAAUAAAUAGUAGUGUAACUCUUACAAGUGGCAACUCAAAUAACUUGAGAUAAGGUGAUUAGAAACAAGAUUGGGAGAUAGUGAGAGAGGAGAGUCAUAGUAACUUGGCUGAAGCUUAUAGCCAAGUGUCUGAACAGAUGCAUGCAACACUUAACUGUUUGUAAAAGUGAUGACUUCAGUGAAUGAGUGCAUGUUGAUUAUUUAAUUCUGUCUUAAGCAACUGUUCUGUGAUCAAAGACUGUUUAUAUUCCUUGUAUGUGUAGGACUUUAUUUUUGCAAUUAUAAAUCAACAUUGAUUUCACAUUUUCGUGUUCUGUCGAUUAUAUGGAAGCUAGUUCAUUUGUUCAAGUGCUGUAAACAUCCUUUGCUUUCCACCGCCUAGUUACCAUAUCAUCUCUUUACAUACACAAAAAUUAUAAAAUGAUGUCUAUAAGAGUGUUCUUAACUUAGCACUCUAAGCCUUCUCAAAGGGAGGAAAAAUAAAUAAAAAGCCACAUGGCAGGUAUUUAAAUGUCAGUCAGAGAGAAGAGUCAGAAUAGUAUGUGGUUUUGGUAAUCACGGACUCUUCCAUGGCCUGCUCUGCUGCAGCAGCCUGUAGGCUUGAUGCUUCAGGUGAUCUAUGUUCCUUUCUUGGCCAUAAUCACCAAACCUCACCUCAUGGUGCUGCAGGAACCACUUUUGGAAAGGAGCAGACAGAUAACAGAUCAUAGAGAGACAGCUAGUUAUUUUUAGUAAUUGGCUUGAAUCCAGUGGAGAUCGAGUGUUAAAUUCAGUGUUUGCUAUUGGACAUUUAAGGAUUUAAUAAUUAACAGAAUAUUUGUAUUAUUCGAUCCACUAGAAUGUUACUGUAAAAACUUCCUAGUGGUUCACUAACUACCUAGGACAGUAUAAAAAUACCUAUAAUAUGUAUCAAAAUAAAAAACUUCCUAGUGGUUCACUAACUACCUAGCACAGUAUAAAAAUACCUGUAAUAUGUAUCAAAAUACUGAUUUGCUCAAGAGACUAUCACUGUUCAAUUCCAGUGUUGGGUAAAAUCAUAUUCUGUUUAAAAAUGACUACCUAUAUAAUUGUCUUGGGACUUUGACCACUGUUCUACUUGAGAGAUAUUAAUGUUUUUUGUGGGAAAAAUAAUAAUUUGUUUUAUUAAUGGAAAGCUGUAGGUACUAUAGAUUUGAUUCUAGCUUUUUUCCUAAUACAGCAAAUGUUUUUAUUUAAAUAGAUUGAUAUUUUUGUCUCAUGCCUUGUGGUACACUACUGGGUUUUACUAAAAAAAGUGCAUAUUUCUAUGCUGUGGUAGAUUUUGCAAGAUGGAACAUGCAAUGUGUCUGAAUCCAUGAAAUUGGAUUGCUAAGGACAAAUAGUUGACAUGGCUCCAAAAGGCUCAUACUGGGUUUAGAAUCAGAAAUAUAUGUUGUGCUAAUAAUUCGUAUUGAAUAAAUACAGGACACAGUUUGCAAAGAACUUUCCCUGCUGCUCUCAUUCCUCCCAUUCGUUUUACCCAGUGGCAGAGUCAGAGAGUGCUGAAUGCUGUCAGGACUGACGUUGCAGACUGCGGCUCCGUCAGUGUUAGGACCUGUCUGUGUCAUUACAUCUGGUUUCAUCAAUUAACAUGUUCUCUCUGUGGUCUAAUCCUGCAAACACAUCUGUAUUUAAAUGGCUGUAAACACAUAUUGCAGAACUGCAGAAAUAUGCCAUAGUCAUUUACUCUGAAAAUUCUUUAGGUCAUUAACUCUGUUCUUCCAAGUUAGUAUGAAGUGAUAAGCAUAUGAGUCUGUGUGUUUAUAUUACUUAUUAAAGACCUUCAUUAUUCACUGGGUGGAAUAAGAAAUUGGUUGUGUAUUCUCUCUUCAUUUUUCAGUUUCUGGAGAGUAGCAGGUUGGGUGAGAUGCUUUUUUUCAAAGCAGACUUUUAAAAUAAUACUAUUUUUUUCAGUGGAAGCCUGGAACAAACUAAAUUGACACCUUCUGCUCAUAAGAAGAGCAUUAAAUUGAAAUCAUCUAAAAAUGCAGCCACAGAAUGUAGGUGGUAAGCAGUAUCUCUUGUUUAAGCCUGUGGUUGGAAAACUUAGAAAUACAGAACCAUAGCAGCUUUGUUGACAUGAUGAAUUUCACAAGUACUCAUGCUGCCCCAGCACUUGAUAUGUGGUCAUUGCAGAGGGACCUGGACAGGCUGGAGAGUUGGGCUGAUUCCAACAAGAUGGGGUUCAACAAGGCCAAGUGCCGGGUCCUGCACUUUGGCCACAGCAACCCCCUGCAGCACUACAGGCUGGGCACGGAAUGGCUGGAGAGUGGCCAGGCAGAAAGGGACCUGGAGUUUGGAUUGACAGGAAGCUGAACAUGAGCCAGCAGUGUGCCCAGGUGGCCAAGAAGGCCAAUGGCAUCCUGGCCUGGAUCAGGAACAAUGUGGCCAACAGGUCCAGGGAAGUGAUUCUUCCCCUGUACUCAGUGCUGGUGAGGCCACACCUGGAGUACUGUGUCCAGUUCUGGGCCCCUCAGUUCAGGAAGAUAUUGAGGUGCUGGAGCAGGUCCAGAGAAGAGCAACAAGGCUGGUGAAGGGACUCGAGCACAAGUCCUAUGAGGAGAGGCUGAGGGAGCGCAGGCUAUUCAGCCUGGAGAAGAGGAGGCUCAGAGGAGACCCCAUCACUCUCUACAGCUCCCUCAAAGGAGGUUGUAGCCAGGUGGGGGUUGGUCUCUUCUCCCAGGCAGCUCUCAGUAAGACAAGAGGACAUGGUCUUAAGCUCUGCCAGGGGAGGUUUAGGUUAGAUAUUGGGAAGAAAUUCUUUACAGAGAGGGUAAUCAGGCAUUGGAAUGGGCUGCCCAGGGAAGUGGUGGAUUCUCCAUCCCUGGAGGUUUUUAAGAUGAGACUGGACGUGGCACUUAGUGCCAUGGUUUAGUAACCAUGAUGGUUGUGGAUCAGGGGUUGGACUUGAUAAUCUCAGAGGUCCCUUCCAACCCGGCUGAUUCUAUGAUUCUAUGAUUUGGAAUAUGUGUCUUUAUUCUAAAUAUGUGUCUUGUUGUCUACAGCUGAAGAGCACAACAGUUUAAUUCCAGUCUUAAACUGUAGUUGAUAGAAUAGUAACCAGAAACCUUAAGAUCAUUUCUUAUUUUUCUUUUCCAAAUGUGCAUGCUGAAUUUUCUGUCUCUGGCAUUGUUUUGUUGGAAAUAUCUUCAGAAAAUCAUUAACCAGCUAUUUCUGUAAGUGGAACACCCCCCAGUGACUUGGUUGACAGUCUGUAGGAAGAAAAUUUUGUAAACAUAAAGAGCAGCUUCUUGAAGUGGACUAGCUUUAUUUUCAGGACUUACAGUAGGUUCAUUAAUAAUGUCCUUAAACAUUGAAAGAGGAAGAAACAAUAAGGUAAGCAUUUUAAUAGCUACCUAAUUCUGUCAGUAGCAGGUGAUAUAUUUCAAGUAGAUAAACAUUGAAAUUAUAUUUUUGUGUCGAGCUGAGGUUUGUUUGCCCUAGUGGAAGCUUUCAUGUGCCACCUUCUUUCUUGGCCUUUAGGUUCUAAUGGGCUGCAGUGAAAUGGAAGGGAAUAAUUCCACUAAAGAUUUUUAGUAACGGAGGAAAUGAUACUUGUGAAUCUCUGUGACUUAAAACAAGAUAUCCCAAAUUUCCAAUAUUACUACUAGUACUUUAAAAGGAGCUAUGGAAAAAUAGCAAAUAUAGAAAUUGGCUUGUAAUUCAUAAAUUCUAACGAUAAACUGUGCUGCUGUAAAAUGGUGCUGUCCUUCAUUAUCAUGAAGAAUAUAAACUUCUUAGUCAACUUAUGACACGAAUUUUUUAGAUUUUUUUGCUGGUGGAACAGAGAGGUCUAAUAUUUGUUAGCUAUUGCUUGUCGUAAGCUUUUGAUUCUGUGUCAGCCAUACCUCUUUAAUGGGCAUAGCAGAAUAGUUUCUGGAAAUCUGUGUGAGAAGAAAUCUUUUACAAGUUGCAGAUCAUUGACAAACUAAGGAAGAUGAGGGUGAAUAGUGUGCUGAGGGUGAACUGAUGUGUAAAAUUUUGCAUUGUUCAAUAUAAAGGCAGAAAUUACAUAAAGCACUUUAUCACCUGAGACUGGACAUUCAGAUUCCUUCCUGCUUUAUGUUAGUGGUUAGAGUUUGACACCCUUCAUCUGAUCUGACCUUCUGUGAAGGUUUUUAUGCCAGAGAAAGGCAUUGGCUCUUGAAAAGGGCAUAAAAUCUAAUUAUGUUUUCUUUUGAUACUAUAUUUCAAUAGCUAGUAAUCCCUGUGUUGAAGUAUGUCUGUCUUGUGACUAGAAUUUGACUUCAGCUUUCACUUAGGGGAAGAGGGGAUGGCUCUACAAAAGAGGUCAGUAUGUUAUAUUUUCCUGCUGGAAAGCAUUUGAAUGCUUUUAAUAUUUCUCAGUGAAAUGCAUGGAUUGACUUCCUGAAAUCUUGUGUUAUGCCUGUCUUCCUUAGUCCCUUCACAGAUUUGUAAUCUUCUUUUAAGAAGAAGAUAAAACCCUGUUACAGUUUUUUUCAUUGGUCUACAUGCAGGUAAAAUCCCUGCUUUCUUUGGAUUUUGCUUCCAAGGUGGAUAUCAUAUUUGUCAAAGUGUUAAGUUGGGAUCUCGUGUUUCAGUUCCUUGUCCAUUAUGACCCUAAUGCCUUUUUCAGAGUCAGUGGUUUUUUCCCAGUGUGUGCCUUGUUUUCCCAAAGUACAGCUUUGUGUUCUUUUCCUGGAUGUAUAGCCUGAGAUUUGGCUAUUUAAAAAUUAUAGUAAUUUUGAACAGUAUGCUUUAUCAGCUGUUCCAGAACUCUUAUGUGAUGGUCCAGUUCUUUUGUUCACCACAGUGUCAGCUGUUGGGUUGUCCACAAAUAUAAUCAGCAAUGAGUUUAUAUGUGCUUACACAUCUUUGAAGAAAAUGUGAAAUAGUCUUAAACCUGGUAAUGGUCCCAGAGCAAUUCUCUAAGCACCUGUACUCAAAUACAGUUCUUCUGUGACAAUUAGUUUGUGAGAUUUGUUACUUACAGAUUUCUUUAAUUAAGAAAACAAAAUCUUUCCAAAAAAUUAGGUAAAUGAAAAACCUCUUGAACCUAUUCAUUCCUGCCCUGCUGGUUUUUCUUGUAUUUUGCCCUGGGUAAUUCAGACUGCUCUGCCUACAUGGUGGUUCUACAUGUGGUUCUUCAAUGCUGGUGUGACGUAAGUGCCCUUUUGGUCCCUUGGGUUUUAGUGCUGUUUUGAUUUCCUAAUGCUAAGUGAACAGUAGUAAACAUCAUUCUUCCAGAAUCCUUGGUGGGUCCUUGAGUUGUCCAAACCUGCUGUUAUAAAAGGUUGUAAUUUGGUUGAUGAUGAUUAAAAAUGUCAUCAGCUGCAAAUAAACUGUUUUUUACUUCUUAA